CGGUAUUCUCGCAUUUGAGGUUCGAGGAAUUAUGAAGUUCCCGUCUGAUUCCUGAAAGAUUGCCGCUUCUGAAGUUUGUGUAAAGUACAGAAACAGAGUUUAUGUUUGAAAAACAGACCUGUACACAUAGCGACGGAAAUUGAUUGCCUGGAAACCCGGGAGAGCUUCGAAAGAAAUGAAAGGCGCAUACACACAGCCGUUAAAACAAGGUUACCUUCUAAAGCAAAGCGAAAUUCUGAAACAAUGGCAUCUCCGUUAUUUCGUCCUGAGCAAAGAGUGCCUAUGUUACUAUAGAACUGAAGCGGAAUCAUUGCAAGAGGCACCCAAGGAGGUCAUAUUCUUCAAUGACAUGUCUCUGUAUAUAGAAGAACAGGCAGAUAAACAUACAAAGUACUGCUUACGGCUUGUAAAGCGAUCUGUAUCUGCCGGCAAGAUUGCGAAUCGGACAUUUUUUCUGUCUUGUUUCUGGCGAGAUGAAAGGAACGAGUGGUUGUCUCAAAUUCUUUUAGCGAAAGCAAUGGCGUUAGUCGCUGAUCCAACCGCGCUGAUAGGAAAACGUGAAACCUCAACAGAGCAUAUGGACUUUGAGCUCACUACUUCCGGAAAAUAUGUCCGGCUUCCCGCCGCAAAGGAACUGUUACUGAAAUGUCGACAGAAACUUAUGCUCGUAAGCGGUUCAAGGAAUUCCUUGGGUCGUAUAUUCCCUGAAAACUUAGACAAUUCAGAACUAAAGUCUUUUACUUUGAACCUUCAACACUGGAGGACCUCAUUAAUGAUGAUACGAUCGUAGCUUAUUGCUCACGCUUGAAAAUUGUAAGCGCAGUGCACAUCUUUUUGACUGUAAAUCUGUGCAUGAAAAAACCGCAAGGAAAGCACUGAAAUGCGAAAACUUUUCUUGUGGUUAAAAAACCAUGUUUUAUUUAUAACUCCUGAUAAAGUAAAAGCCUAGUUUAAGCAUUUAUUGAACAGUUUUGUGCAGUUUAUUCAAGCUAGAGUGAAGCGAGAAGUUUGUUUUCUUUAUGUAUUUUAUUUAUUUAAGACUUAAGUGUGGAUCAGUAUAGACGCUUAAUCUAUACAUCGCUAUAUCUACUUUAAGGCUAUAUAAAUGGCUAUUAAAGCUACUAGUGGUGCUAACAAUUAAAGAAAGAAUAUGAAAAACCUUUACCAUUUUUUAUUGGGGAAUUUAUCAAUAAUACUUCAGCGAAGAACGCUGUAAAAAGGGAUUUCACCACAAUUUCAGCUGACUACAACACUAGAAAAACUAUUUAAUCUCGUAAAAAUUCAAACCACUUUAACUCCUUUUCUUCAUGAGGCUUAGCUACGGAGGGAACACAUUUAUCUAGCGCUUGGGUUGAUGAUUUAGCAACAGCUGAUUCUUGAAAUUCCCCACAGACUAGAGCUGCAAUUAAGCUUUCACUUCUAGGAUCAAGGAGCUUAUUCCUUGUAAUCACGACCGCAAAUUUCUAAUGCUCUUAUUUGCAUGAGUUUCGCAAUGAAAUGGCAGGGAAAAUUUAUCAAAUGAUGUCUCCUUUGGAGAAAUGUGGAAACGGAGUUACGUCAGCAUAUAUCGAGUCAAUGUGUGAUGUAAUGAUUCAAUAGUCGAACAAAAACUUGACCAGUAUUUCCCUUUACAUUUCUUGCAUUCAGGGAGAUUCGAGGAAAAUAAAAUGAAAACAAUCCAAUUAAGAUAAAAGAAAGGUAGAGAAGAACUUUAUUCUACAACUCCCAAGAUCUGAUUGUAAAUUCUCCCCACUUACCGUU